AUGGGCUUGAAACAGUUCAACCAGGAUCUAGCCGCAUCUAGAGCAAUCUCAAUCAGUGCCGCCGUGUCUAACAUUCGACGAGGAGACUCUGACGGCGAGGCCGUUUUCACCUGGUCGUCAUCCAAUGACGUCGCAACAACUCUUGAUGUUCAGGUUCUCGUUCUUGAUGUCGACUCGUAUCCUAAAAGUUCGAGCGUCAUGACAUUUACAGAAUCAGAUCAUUCCGCUGUAGACGUGUCUUCUAUACUUGAACGCCUAUCCCCCUCUCUUGCGAACAAGAACAUUGAGACAAUCAUAAGGACUGUUGCGGAGAAACUUUCUGCCAAAUUAGAGCCCGCCAAUGAUGCGCCUGGAGUCACCGACUCAGACAGCAUGUCUGAUUUCGAUGACUACGACGAAGCAGGAUACGACGAUAACUUUGAUGGAGAUUCUUUCCUUCCAGCUGCCUCUAAGGAAUUACCGAGCCGACAUAUUGAAGCUGCAAUCUUUAUCAGACAGUUAAAGAGAGAUUUACGAAUUGUCCAAUCGGCUGGCAUUUCGGUAGGAGUCUUUCCAAGAAGGCCGCUUCGAGAUGCAGAAUUCUAUUCUCUAUCUCUUCGAGUAAUGAAACUUGGUAUCCCAGAGCAUGCACUUGAGGCAUGGGGUCUUAAGAAUGAAGAAUAUUUAGUUCUCCUGUGCCGAUUUGCGCCGAACUAUCCGACUAUUUCGGAGAUUUGGAACACUGCUUUUGAAGAAUGGAAGCCACAGUUUCGCUUUGGGAAAUGCUCAAGACCCAAGCCAUCUGUUGAGACUUCCCGUCUUGCAUUUACAAAGUCAUUUGAUGGGACCGCAGAUAACCGAGAAAGUGCUGACGAGAAUGGCAAGAGGAGAGAUGUUAAAGGUGCCAGCGGAGGAUUUGUUCCUCUAUACAUGUCGAAUUCAAUCAACAUGCUGAUGAAUGGCGACUUUCUCAAGCUGUUGCAUAUGAGGCGUAGCGAUGGGUUAUCGUGGGACAGGGCUAUUCGACGUCAAAAGUUGCUCACUAAGGAAGGGCAUCACAUUUUGCAGCAAGAUGAUCCUCUUGAGGAUGACACAUCCGACAACUCAGUAUUCGAUAAUGCGAUGCCAUCUUUGAGUCAUGAUUACGCUCUGGACGACGAAGAAAAACUCAACCUCCCUAUGGUGGCUAUGCAGUUCGCCUUGCGGCGCCUUGUUCGUUGUACAAAGUACUGCAUGGUUUGUCACCAAAGAUUAGAAGAUGAGUUUGAAGCUCUCAAGCCCUACGUCUGUGCUAGUCCUCUCUGCACCUAUCAGUUUGUUACACUUGGGCUUGGAGCAAGCAUUGAACAUGAAAUCAUCCACAAUCCUUAUGUUGUCGACAUCUUAAUCAGUUUCUUUGCUUCAGCCCUCGCACAUCCCAAGUCUGUGCGGCAGUACCCCACUGGCCUCAAUUUAAAGUCCGUUGACACCGGAUCUAAGGCCAAUCCAUCUCAGCAUUCUGUUGCUGAAGCUUGCUUCUUUGAAAGAUCAAUCCGUUUUGAUCCAACUGAUUAUUCCAAACAUCGCAGUAUCAAAGUAGGAGAUACUAUUCUAGUAGUUAUUGAUGGCCUGGAACCGAGUCCAACCGCAUCUAUACUCAAUGGAAAUCUCGAGAGACAUGUUUGUAAAGUGACGAAUACCGUUGCCGGCAUCUGCUCCUUUGAGAUCGUAACAACCAUGACAGGCCCUCCCAACGUCCUAACUUUACCAGAAGAAGAAUGCCCUACACAAGUCUCGAACCCAACAAAAGAAUGGGUAAAAGUCUUGGUUUUUCAGUAUUCCAACGAUGUUGAUAAUCUCGAUGCGAGCGAACGAUCCACUGCCUUGAGUUUAAUGCUCCGCGGGAUUCCACCCGUGUUGGAUAUGAGGACUUAUCUAUUAAACAAUCCAAGCAAGCGCCUUACAUCUUGGGGUCGUAUUGACAAAAACGCGCUUACCCUUCUCCAGUGGAUCAUAUCGUCCAAUACGUCACUUAUCCUUCAAGACGAUGCAGUGCCGACUCUGGCCGACUCACCAAAGUCAGAUAACCUCAAGAAAGCUGAAGCCUUAAAUCCCAACAAAGUGCAGGGUAUACCAGUUCAUUGGAUGCAAUUUCGUUUUCUACAGGGGACGCCAGAACGAGAACGUCUUUUCAUGAAAGAGCUAACCGCGGUGUCGCAAUCCAAAAGCCCCGAAUCGCAGUUUCCAUCUAUAUUUACCUGGCAUGGCAGCCCCCUUCGCAAUUGGCAUAGCAUCAUACGAACAGGGCUUGAUUUUGAGACUAUUUCAUUUGGACGCUCAUUUGGGAAUGGAGUGUACAUGAGCAAAGAAUUCUUAGUGAGCAUGCAUUACAGUGGCAAAGUGUCUUCCCCCCAGAAGUCAACUGGUCCGCGUGCAGAAAAUUACUGGCCCAAUUCUGUUCUGAGGCCGAGUUCUGCCAUUUCCAUUUGCGAGGUAGUCAAUCAAACAAAGGAGUUUGUAAGUGUGGAGCCUCACUAUGUGGUCAACAAGAUCGAAUGGGUUCAGUGCAGAUAUCUGUUUGUUGCUGUAGAUCCGGCGCCAGAAGCUAUGAAGCAACCCUUUCCCAUGAAACCUACAAAUGCCUGUGUCGGGUACAUAUCUCAAUGCCCAUCAAAUCAACUCGCAGUCCGUGGCACGCCGGUUCAUAUUCCAUUGUCGGCAGUUCCGUUGAAUCGGAAGGGUUUUGGUCAAAGUUUCGAGCAGUUCAAAGAUCAGGAAAUCCUGAUUUCGAAGACAAAGGCCGCAUCAACGCCUGAAAUUAUGGAUACGUUGACGUCCAAGACAAAAGAGACGCCUCGAAUCAAGGAAACACCGACUGAGACUCUUGAUAGUGACCACGGCGAGACAGACCAUGAGCUUCUUCUAGAUUCUGAAGACGAAGCUAUUGACGCCACCACGGCGCGAUAUAUUAAACGCCGAAACUCAUCGACGGAUUCUAUUCGAAGGACGAAAUUAAAAUCUGCAACAUAUAUGUCAGGCGGUGACUCAAUUUCCAAAUUCAAGACCAAGUUUCUGCCUGGAAGCCUAAAUCUACACACUCUCCCGAGACUUCCAGAUCCAAGUUGGGCUUCUUCCCCAGUGGCACUUAGGAGCCUAAACCGUGCCAUCAAAGAGUUACAUCAGAUACAAAGUAGUAGUAGCGAAGACAUUGCAUCUCUCGGGUGGUACAUCGAUUUCAAUAACCUUAGCAACGUCUUUCACUGGAUUGUGGAGCUUCACAGCUUCGAUUUGGAGCUCCCCCUUGCUCAAGACAUGGAGAAAAAUGGAUGUACCAGCAUCGUGCUCGAAUUUCGAUUCGGGGCCAACUUUCCGUUUUCUCCUCCCUUCGUUCGUGUUAUACGACCAAGAUUUCUGCCAUUUGCACGAGGAGGCGGGGGCCAUGUUACAGUCGGAGGAGCUAUUUGUUCCGAAAUACUCACCAAUUCAGGAUGGUCAGCGGCUAUGGCGAUUGAGAAAGUAUUCAUACAGAUCCGCCUGGGCUUGACGGAGCUGGAUCCUCCGGCUAGAUUAGACAAGACAAACGGAAUGAAUAAUACACGAGACUAUGCUAUUGGCGAGGCAGUUGACGCCUACCAACGAGCUGCGAGAGCGCAUGGCUGGCUGGUUCCGGAAGACCUCCAACAAAUCGGAUAUGCUUGGGUAACGAAUGAUGAUUAG